GACCGCUUGAACCGACGUAAAUAUUCUGAGUAUAGUCUUCAAGCAAAUCAGUGCUUCAUGAUGUUUAUCCUUCUUGCAAUUGUUUCUGCCUUCGCUAUGACGACAUGUGCAAGUACUUGUAUAUUGCCGGAGAUAACAUGUGAAACAGCAUGGGAGCAAAUGCCGAAUAAGUUAUACCAGGUAUUCGGCGGCAAGGAUCCGUUUGACGAAGUAACAUCAUGCCGAACUUUAACGAAUAUACGACCUAUAUGCAACACACAGCAAAUGAAAAUAAAUUUUACGAGUUACUCUGAAACGUUUGGUCACGCCUCUUUCGAUGGCGUUUUUCAAAAGAAAGACACAGGCACCUACAAAAUAAUCAUAUCGGAAGAAGUUCGUGAAGACCUGAUACUGCAUGACAAAUUCAUUGCUGAAGUGAGGAAAACAGGGAACGCCGAGGAUUCUAAUGAAGAAUUCAAUUCAUUCGUGGAUAUGGACCAUGUCUUUUAUUCGUGUGAUGGAAAUGUGAUCAUCCAUGUUUGGUGCAAUGAAAAUGGAAGAGCGGUUGAAGUGUUCAAAGGGAGUACAAAGUCGACUGCUGAAGAUGCUCUCUAUGUCCACAAUACUUUCGCCAAAUGGAAGCAUGGAUGGGAAAAUGAAGAGCUUUACCUUUCUACAUGCAAAUAAAUUUGAAAAAAGAGCAACAUUAUCAAUUUCAAUUAUUAUGAAUAACCUACGUUUUUUAUUCACACAAAAGAAGAUAUUAUUAAUAAAGAUUUUGUGCAUUUAAUAACCGGUUAUUGUUUUCGAUCCCUAUAUAGAGUUAUAACAACAAUACAUUUAUCCCUCAUAAAAUGAAUGUUUAAUCUGGAUAAUAAGUUUGAUUUUAUGAAAUGCUAAAUUAAGAUUGAAACAUAUCCUGCCCAGCUUGUAACGUAGAAAGUUGUGUUGCUGCUAUGAAUUGUCUUCUAUCUGCGAACUUAUCCGAUAUCCUGUUGGCUACUUUGCGACCUUUGGUAUUUAUUAGACUUCGAAAAUCUGGACUCCAAUAUAAAGCAAUAUAUUAAUCAGAAGUUAUACGUGUUCAAUUGGGAAUCCUGUUAAUUUGGUAUAACGGUUAAACUACCUUUUUGCAAUCUGUCAAUUUUCAUUGCUCCGUUUAAAUAAACAAACAAUAACUCAACAAUCAAAGUGUAGAAAGUACAAG